CUCUCUCAUGCACAAAAACCCUUUCUUUUCUAUUUCAAACAACAAGUUAUGGAACAUACUGAAAACUCCAACAAAUGCAACUCUAAAUCAACAACUGCCAAAAUAUGUCCAAAUAACAACAACAACAACAACAAUAAUCACUAUAUUGCUUUUGGUUUUCAUCACAAUACUAAUAAUAAUCAAUAUCAUGAAACUUACCCUCCUCUUCUCCCUUUACCUCCUCUACUACCUCCUCUUCAACUACCUUUUCCUCAAAAUCACAACUUCAGAUCAAGAACCCAUCUCCAUAAACCUUCAUUUAACCAGAAUCAUCCUUUUCUUGCCACCCCUUCUGAUUUCAAGAUUCAACAAAUCUCAGCCUCAAAGGUGCUCCAAAGGCAAAAUGAUGUGUCCAAACAGAAAUAUGGAAGGAGGGUCAGGGCUGCUGCAACCACCACAGAAUCUGUUGUGGUGGCAAGAAGACCAGAUUCUGGUGGUGUUGAAGGACCAGUAAUAUCACUUCUUGCUAAUCAUUUCCUUGUCCAGUUUGAUCCUUCACAGAGAAUAUUCCAUUAUGAUGUUGAAAUUUCACCUCAUCCAUCGAAGGAUAUUGCUAGGCUAAUCAAGAAAAAACUUGUGGAGGACCAUUCUGUUAUGCUAUCAGGUGCUCUUCCAGUUUAUGAUGGUGGAAGGACUAUAUAUAGCCCUAUUGAAUUUCAAAACAAUAAGAUUGAAUUUUACAUUAGCUUGCCAAUUCCUAGUAGUGGCAGCAACAAGUCUGGAGAAAUAGUUAAGUUGCAGAAAGAAGGACAGCAGAUUAAGCUUUUCCGCGUUAACAUCAAACUUAUAUCUAAAUUUGAUGGGAAAGAACUAAAUAGCUACUUGAAUAAAGAAGGAGAUGAUGGUGGGAGUCCACUUCCUCAGGAAUAUCUGCAUGCAUUAGAUGUUGUGUUGCGCGAGAGCCCAACGGAGAAGUGUAUAACGGCUGGGAGAUCAUUUUACUCGAGUUGUAUGGGAGGACAAAAAGAUAUUGGGGGUGGAGCCGUGGCGCUAAGGGGUUUCUUUCAGAGUCUUAGACCAACACAACAAGGACUUGCUCUCAAUGUUGAUUUCUCAGUGACUGCUUUCCACGAGAGUAUCGGAGUGAUCACCUACUUGGAAAAACGCCUGGACUUCCUCCAUGACAUUUCUCACAGGAAAACAAGAGGCUUGACGAAUGAAGAGAAAAAAGAGGUUGAGAAAGCACUGAAGAACAUCAGGGUCUUCGUUUGCCACAGAGAGACUGUUCAGAGAUAUCGUAUUUAUAGCUUAACCGAGGAGGUUACAGAGAACCUCUGCUUUCAGGAUAGGGAUGGAAAAAUCCUAAGAAUAGUGAGCUACUUCAAGGAUCAUUACAACUAUGAUAUACUAUAUAGGAACUUGCCGUGCUUGCAGAUUAGCAGAAGUAAACCUUGUUAUCUUCCAAUGGAACUUUGUAUGAUUUGUGAAGGACAGAAGUUUCUUGGGAAGCUUUCGGAUGAUCAGACUGCAAGAAUACUCAAAAUGGGAUGUCAAAGACCAAGGGAAAGAAAGGCAAUUAUAGACAGAGUCGUGACAGGACUGGUUGGACCAACAAGUGGCAAUCAUGCGAGUGACUUCAAACUCCAAAUCUCGAAAGAAAUGACUCAAUUGUAUGGGAGAAUUCUUCAGCCUCCUAAGCUUAAACUAGGUGAUCGUGGUCAGGUUAGAAAUCUUAUUCCUUCCCGGCAUGAUAGGCAGUGGAAUUUUCUGGACAGCCAUGUCUUCGAAAGUACUCGAGUUGAGAGAUGGGCACUGAUGAGUUUUGGUGGAACCUCUGAUCAGAAGUCCCACGUACCAAAAUUCAUAAACCAGUUAUGUCAAAGGUGUGAGCAAUUAGGCAUCUUUCUGAACAAGAAUACAGUACUUAAUCCUCAGUUUGAACCCUUGCAUUUGCUCAACAAUGUUAAAAACUUAGAAAGCAAACUCAACAAGUUACAUAGAGCUUCAUUUAACAAUCUCCAACUUGUUAUUUGUGUGAUGGAGAGAAAACACAAAGGAUACGCGGACUUGAAAAGAAUCGCUGAGACAAGCAUCGGGAUUGUAACACAAUGCUGUUUGUACCCAAACCUUGGCAAAAUUAGCUCACAGUUUUUGGCAAAUUUGGCUCUCAAGAUCAAUGCCAAAGUCGGGGGAUGCACAGUUGCAUUGUACAAUUCAUUGCCUUCUCAAAUACCACGGCUCUUCAAACAUGACGGUCCAGUCAUUUUUAUGGGUGCGGAUGUGACUCAUCCGCACCCUCUUGAUGAUUUUAGCCCCUCCGUCGCUGCUGUAGUUGGUAGUGUAAAUUGGCCAGCAGCCAACAAGUAUGUCUCCAGGAUGAGAUCCCAAACGCAUAGGCAGGAGAUCAUUCAAGAUCUCAGCGCGAUGGUUGGGGAGAUUAUUGAUGAUUUUUAUGAGGAGCUGCUAAAACUCCCUGAAAGAAUAAUCUUCUUCAGGGACGGAGUAAGUGAAACACAAUUCCUGAAAGUACUUAAAGAGGAGCUCCAAGCAAUUCGGCUGGCAUGUUCGAGAUUUCCAGGUUACAAACCUCCCAUUACUUUUGUGGUAGUUCAGAAAAGACACCAUACUAGGCUAUUUCCAUGUGAACUUGAUCCAUCAACAACUAAAAACACGCUCUUCAACGAAAACAUCCUACCAGGUACAGUUGUAGAUACAGUGAUCACUCAUCCAAGUGAAUUCGACUUCUAUCUAUGCAGCCAUUGGGGUGUAAAAGGAACAAGUAGACCAAUCCAUUACCAUGUUCUAUGGGAUGAAAACCAGUUCACUUCUGAUGAGCUACAAAAAUUGGUAUACAACCUUUGCUACACAUUUGUGAGAUGCACCAAGCCUAUUUCACUGGUGCCACCGGUUUAUUACGCCCAUUUAGCUGCAUAUAGAGGCAGACUGUAUCUUGAACGUUCCGAUUUGUCUACUCUAACAAGAAGUUCUAACAUAUCUCGCGCUGCUCCACCGAAGACAACUCCUUUACCUAAACUCACUGAGAACAUUAAAAGGCUUAUGUUUUAUUGCUGAGUGCUGAAGUUAUGGCAACUGCAUGCACAGUCUUCUCUAUAUUGACAGUUUAGCGGUUUGAUUUCAUUGUAACCAUUUUAGUUCUUUCUAGCUAGUCUUCUAUAUGUGCAGUUUGAUCUCAUGUACAUACUAAUUUUUAUUAAUAUUUGUUUCUUUUAUGAUCCAAUAUUA